GAGUCUCUGAAAACCUAUUUAAAGCAGUCUGUCCUGACUCAGCUCAGCAGUCUCCAGUCUACCAACUGGUCUCUGUAAUAACUAUUUAAAGCAGUCUGUCCUGACUCAGCUCAGCAGUCUCCAGUCUACCAACUGGUCUCUGUAAUAACUAUUUAAAGCAGUCUGUCCUGACUCAGCUCAACAGUCUCCAGUCUACCAACUGGUCUCUGUAACUUCAUCUUUGUCUCUGUGGUGUUCAGUCUUCAGGUGAUGAUGGGGGUAUUGAAUCAUCUCUCUACUCUCCUCCUUCUCUCUCUCCUUCCUCCUGCUCUCUCUCAUGUAGUGGAGAAGUUCAGUGAUGUUCCACAGUGCCAGAAUUUCUUCCUGGAGGGGACAACUCCAAAUCUCCCAGGUAUUUUGGUUGGUGGGACAGUCCAGGACCAGAACCGCUACAAGCCGAUUUGCCAGUUUUACAAGGACAGGUACAGGUUUGCAACUCUCUACGACACGACAAACAGGAUCCCUGUGUUCUCAGCCUACACCUUCACUGGUAAGGUAGUUGGUAGACCAAGUCAGUCCUGGAUGAUAGAGCCCCAGCUUGAAGAUAUAAAUAACCAACAUGACAUGAAGGUGGAUGAUAAAGAUUUCCCACACAACCAGCAGGCUGCGGACACAGACUACAAAAAUAACAACAAGCAUCUGGACAGAGGUCACCUUUUCCCAUGUUUGUACGCACCUGAUGAUGCUGCCAAGAGGUCCACUUUCACCCUGACAAACAUCGUUCCCCAGGCAAGAUCCUUCAACCAGGGCAGCUGGAGCAGAAUGGAGUGCAGAGUCAGAGACGCUCUUGAGCUUAACUGUAAGGAUGCUAACGACCAGAUAAAAGCCUAUGUGGUGACUGGAGCAGUUCCCAGUAACAACAACACACUGAAGAACCGAGUGAACAUCCCAGAUCUCAUGUGGACAGCCUACUGCUGUUACAACAACAACCUGAAACAGUGGGUGGCCCAAGCACACUGGAGUAAGAACGUACAGGACACCAACAAAAAAACAUUGACACCGGAAACCUUGGGAGCACUUGAAGGCGAGUUGAAGAACAGCUACAAGGUUGAUGGUUUUCAGGUGUUCCCAAAGAACUGUCCAAGAACCGUUAUUCUGAGUGUAUUAGAGGACGAGACAGGGAGGAACUUAGAGGGUGUAGAAGAGGUUGAGCCGGGGAAAAGAGGGGCAGGGAAGGGAGCGGAGAGGGGAGUGGAGAAGGGAGCAAUAAGAUGGCGAGAACAUCAGGGGAGUUAAAGGAAUGUGAUGAUGAGGAUGGAUGUGACUGUGACUGUGAUGAAAAGUGAUGAGUUUUGUCCAGUGGUAAUUCCCACAACUAUUGCGUUCACAUCCCCUAAGUUACAAGGGUUAUAAUGGUUAAGUAAUAAGGGUUAUAAUGGUUAUAAUAAAAAGGUAUAAGGGUUAUAAUGGUUAUAAUUAAACAAGUUUAAGGGUUAUAAAGGUUAAAGACCAGCUCUGUUGCUUUGGCGACUAAGAAAGUAUAUUUUUAAACCUCCCACUUUGGGCUGGAUGUAUCAAUGUGUCGUUCAUACAUGUAGAAUCUAUCAGCAGAAUUACUGUUUCCCUACAUUUCACCCCCCUAGCAAUUUGAGUCUUAGCCAUUGAGCAUCAGCCCCUCACAUUUGAGUGGGAACUAGUGUGGUGGCAGAAUUAGUGUUGAAUUGUUGUAACUUCUCAAUGGAUAUGUUCUGUGUUGGACUGUGAUGUCAUGCCUUCCAUAGAGUCCUGGUAUGUCUGUACCUAAACACAAGGCCAUUGUGUUCUGGAAUUGUUGCUUGUAGAAAAUAACUGUUGCUGGUGUCGUGUCUUUGGGCACCAUUAAACUGAAGACAUGUUUAUCAAAUAA